UAAUAUAGGUCGUUACACUUUUAGUUACACUUACGUUAUCAAUCAAACGUGGCUAUCUUCAUUCUAUAAAUGCCACAUGCGUUAUCAACUUCACAUCAUUGUAUUAUAUUAUUUGCGGUGACCGGACGACGUUCUAACAAUUUAAGCCAUGGUGAAGUUAAAUGAAGAGGUGUUUGGAACAUUUAAGAAGGAUACCGUAAAGAAGUUUACGUGGACCACAGAAAGCGGAUUCUCUUUGUCUGCUAUAUCCUACGGUGCAAUAAUACAGUCCGUCAAGGUACCAGAUAGGAAUGGUACAAUCAGCGAUGUGGUGUUGGGUUUCGACGAUCUCGAGGGGUAUGUGAAGAAGAAUUCACCACAUUUUGGUGGAGCGAUCGGACGGUGCGCCAACCGGAUCGGUGGUGCGAGCUUCACUAUCGACGGCGCGGAGUAUCAGCUAGCGAAGAACGUUGGGACGAACCAUCUUCACGGAGGGAUUAUAGGUUUUGACCAGGUCGUAUUGAAAACAACCGUAGUUGGCACCAAGGUUAUCUUCAGCUAUCUAUCCAAGGAUGGAGAGGAAGGUUACCCUGGGGACUUGAUCACCAACCUUACCUAUCAGGUGUCGGACGAUGACAGCUUGCACGUGACCUUCCAGUCCACCACUACAAGGAAGACUGUUGUCAAUUUGACCAACCACUCUUACUUCAACCUGGCCGGCCACGAAACUGGUGCGCAAGAGUUGUACGAACAUGUCAUUUCCAUCAAUGCAGACAGAAUUACAGAAACUGACUCUGACUCAAUACCGACUGGAAAGUUUAUCGAUGUAGGCGGCACGCCAUACGACCUUCGUAUACCCAUUAGCUUCAGUGAGGUCAUGACAAAGCAGCCCGAUCUAUACGAUGACAACUUCUGCGUGUCUACACAUGGGAACAAGGGCCUGAACUUCGUAUCGCGUGUGGAACAUCCACCAUCAGGGCGGUAUUUGGAAGUGUACAGCAACCAGCCUGGAGUCCAACUGUACACUUCGAACUUCCUGCCGGCUCCGUCCGAUCCGGCCCUGGUCGGGAAACACGGUGUCGGCUACCGUCGUCACGGGGCCUUCUGUCUCGAGACUCAAGUCUACCCAGAUGCUGUACAUCAUCCUAAUUUCCCCACAGCCUUUUUAUUUCCUGGCGAUGUUUACACACAUACGGUUAAAUAUAGAUUUGGGGCUGUGAAGAAUAUUCAGCCAGCUGUUGUUUCUGCCUAAGUAUAUACGAACACAGUACAGAGAUGUGGAAGUCUAUGUCGAGUCUACAUACCAGCCACUUACAUCGUAAAUGCUAAGUAUAAGUCGGUGCUAAAAUUUGAUACUACAAAAUGGAUUUUAUUCUAAAUGGCUCACUUCAAGGAAAAUAUAACAUUAAAUUAAUCAUGUAAUUAUUGAAUCAUCGCACAAACCGACGUUGCAUUUAUUUACCUAUAUUUAUUACGUUAAUUAAAUCAACUAUGCUAAAAACCAGAUGGAGACUUUAUACAAAAGUCGUUUAUUUGGGCACCUUUGUUUCAUUCGUGUUUCUACCGUGAAGCAGUUGUGUUUGCAUGGCUGUGGUUUGAAGGGUGGGAUAUGGCGUGAAUUUACAAAGUACAGAGGAAUAACACCUGAGUCCUCAGGAAUGGCAACGCAUUGGGUAUAUCAUGGGCGAAACAGUAUACUCUGUUAUGUCCAUGGUACUGCUCAUGUCUAUAGGCGACGGUCACCACUUUCCAUCAGGUGGGCCGUCAGCUUGUUUACUAUUUUAAGUUGUAUAAAAAAAAAAGAAACUAAUAGUUACCUUUAAAACAUACCAAUAUUUUUUUUUACUUUGGGUGAGAGAAUAUAUAUAAAUAUAAAUGUAAAAAUUAUAUAAACUAUGUAUUAAAAUUAAGUAUAUAAAACAUGUACAGUUUUACUAGAAUACAUAUGUAUUACUAUUGUAAAUCUUUAUUAUAAAUGUGAAAAUGAG